CUGUGGCCCCCCGCCGGCCCGGAGGCACCGACGCUCGGCCAGCCGCGCGCAGCAGGGCGGAGGGGGCGCGCCAUGGAGGCCCCGCGCGCCGCUGGUCCGCGCGAGGCCAAGUGAGGCUGCCCGGCCGGGGCCGGCGGGCCCGCGGGCCAUGUACGGCGACGUGUUCAACGCCACGGGCGGCCCCGAGGCGGCGGCGGGCGGCGCGCUGGGCCUGGCGGCCACGGUCAAGGCAGAGGGCGCGCUGCCGCUGGAGCUGGCCACCGCGCGCGGGGUGCGGGACGGCGCGGCCGCCAGGCCCGACCUGCCCACCUACCUGCUGCUCUUCUUCCUGCUGCUGCUCUCCGUGGCGCUCGUCGUCCUCUUCAUCGGCUGCCAGCUGCGCCACUCGGCCUUCGCGGCGCUGCCCCACGACCGCUCGCUGCGCGACGCCCGCGCGCCCUGGAAGACGCGGCCGGUGUAGCGGCGGAGCGGGCCUGGGCGGCCGAGGGCCGGGUCCCGGUCUCGCCACGAGCAGGCGGUACGAGCCGGGCAGGGUGGGCCUGACCCCGCGCUUGGGUCUCUGGCCCCGGGGAGCACGGCGCCCUGACCCAAAGA